GCUAACGCGACAGGAAGUCGCCUCAGUGAAACCUGCCCUCGGUGUCAUUCACCUUCAUAUUAAACAGAUAACUGUAAAAUGUCGGCUCCGCUGCUCCUCAGGGCUUUCAUCAACGAGCGGCUGACGGCUGCUGCAGAGGAAAUAUUUCAGGUGUUUGAGCGAACAAUAGAAAGAUAUGAAGAAGAAGCGUCCAGCUCCAAACAGGAGAUUGAGCGGCUCAGAGGUCUGCUGCUCGACUUUGUGUCAAACAACAAGACAGACUUUUCCCAGUCCUCCAUCUCUAAAGAGGAAACUCCCCCUGAGCAGCAACACUGUGAGCAGCAGCUGAGAGACUGUCAGAGCGACCCAGAGCCUCGACACAUUAAAGAGGAGGAUGAUGAAGUCUGGACCAGUCAGCAAGAAGAAGAAGAACACGGGGUUCAUGAGUUCAAGGACGCCGAUGUCUCGUACCUACCUCAUUCUUCUGUCUGGGAGGAGAACGAGCAGAUGGACACAAAGCCGCCUUUGCAACCUCAGACUCAAAACAGUGAAAGUGAGGAGCAGUUUCAGGAGGAAACUAAAACUGUACAGUUCAUGCUACCUCUCGCCUCAACUCCGUCUUCACAAACUCUGAUUCACAGUGAAAGGGUCCGAGACGGUACGGAAAACGAGAGACCUGCUGCAAGUUUAUUGUCAAACCAAACACAGACAGAACAAAGUCAGAGUUCCUUUAUCACUUCCCGAGAAUCCACUGAGUUGUCUCAUUUAAAUUCAGUUGGACCUGACUAUCGUUGCUGUUUGUGUGAUAAAUUUUUUACGUCCAGUCAGUUCUUGACAAAUCAUGCUUUUCGCAUGCAUACAAAGGAUGCAGACGUCCUCUGUGCGGUGUGUGGAAAGAAUCUGGAGUCCACCGAAAGCCUUAACAUUCACCUUAAAUCACACAAGGGCUCAAAGUGUUGUCACGUGUGUGGCAAACUCUGCAACAGUACCACCGCUCUGACUGAACACAUGGCCGGCCACGCUGGGGUGAAACUGCAUCGCUGUCACAUUUGUGGGAAGGAGUGUAGCCGCAAAGGAGAUUUAAAGAUACACAUGAGGAUCCACACGGGGGAGAAGCCUUUCUGCUGCUCCUUCUGUCAUAAAAGUUUCACCCACAGCGGACAUCUGAGGAAGCACAUGAGAAGCCACACAGGAGAGAGGCCGCACCGCUGUGACAUCUGCGGCAGAGGGUUUCUACAGAGUGCACACCUGAAAUACCACUUAGGAACACACACUCAGAAAUAUUAACAUGUUCAUCCACCUGGGCCCGUGUUUAUCAAAAAGUAAGAUGUAAGAGCAGCUCUCAGGUGAUUAAAGCUCAGGUAGGCAGGGAACACUAGAUGUCUGCACCUCCUCUUGGCUCUGUUUCAGGCCUUAGAAAAUCUAGUGACAGGACACUUUCGGCACUAGAUUAACUGACACUAAAGUAAAUACCCGGUUUGUUUUAACUACAGGAUGCACUGAUUUGGUUGAUUUAUUUAAAUGUGAGAUGUGAAAUCACCCACAAGGUUGCUCUGGUCCGUCACGUUUCCUCUCUUACUAUGACGUUUUUAUUCUUAUAAUUUUUAAACAGAUUGUUUGCAUUUUUUUUUACACAUUCCUAUGUAGGUUUUACCUGCUGUAGGUAUGACGUUUAGUCAUACUUACAGUGUUUAGGCAUAACGUUUAGCACUGUGGCGCCCGCGUGGGCAAGCCUGGCUUCUGUGGUCAGUGUAGCAGCUUCAGUUGAUUGGAAUGGUUGCAGCUGACGUGUCGCACCCUGAACGUGUCACGUGUUUUGGUUGGAAAAGAGAGUCUGACGCGUAAUAUCAGUGUUUCAAAGAUGGAGAGAAAAUGUUGCUAAUGCUUUAGCCCUUUGCUAACUAGAGUAGGGUUGCAACAGUAUGAGAUUUUCACCGUACGAUAAGCGUCUCAGAAGUUCAUGAUAUCACGAACAAUAUUAGGGUAUUACAGAAUUUAUAUUAUCAUUAAUCAGAAUGACACCUAAAAGAACUGAAAAUGAAAGGGUUUCUUUUGGUCGAACACAAGUUUUAUUACAAUAAUUGGUCUCCCCUUUGAAAAUAACUAAAAUAAGGCUGAGAUUCUCCAUCCAGUUGCUGGAUCUGGUCUACCGCUGCAGCCGUACACCAGACUCAAAGGCUCACAGCUGCACAUAUUCAAGCUUAUGUAGCUAAUGUUAGUUUGCGCCUCGAAUCGCUGUUUGUAAUUUCAAAGAGCUGCACAGGCUCACAGGACGGCGAUUCUCACAGAAUAGCUGCUGUAUAAAACGAUUGGAUCACUUUCAUAAUCACGAUCAGCACGAUUUGAAUCUAAUCAAAAUGUGUCAUUAGUAUUCGUAAAGGUUACUGCAUGGAGCGUGUGCAUGUGCCCGUGCUCAUCUGGUGGAAGGGGGUUACAGUCUAUGGUUAGGACAGAGAGGAGAGAGCUGCAGGAGGAGGGUGUAUUUUCAAAUUCUGUUUGUUCUUGUUGUUGCUUUUCUAGAAACUGCCCACCCCAGCUUUUAUCACAGCGUUUACGGAGAGAUAUGUUUUAAAUUUAAAAGAAGAAAUCUUUAAAAAUGGCUGAAAUGGCAACAACCAAAACCAAACCGGAGCGGGAAACAAAUCCUGCAGUCGGUUUUAGCGACUAAAGUCUGCAAAUAAGAGUAAAAGCCAAGUAUUUUUUAUUUUUUACUUUAAUCUGUCACCUAAGUACAAACCUUCACCUCAGCAGUUUGAUAAAUACGAGUCCAGAGGUUUACGGUGUGUUUGCCUUCACCGUUGACAUGACCUGUGUUCUGAUGGGAACUCAUUACUCAUCAACAACAAACAGAAAGAGUCACUAUUUCUGAGUAAUAACACUGAUGUUCACAUCAAGAAAAUAAACUGUCUCUAUCAUUAUUAUAAUUCAUUUUAAUGUAACUUAAUUUGAAUGUUAAAUCUGUGUGUUAAAUCUGUUUUGUUGUUUUAGCUCAGACUUUCUGUGCACAAUAAAACCAGGUUAGUUAAAAAAUAACCAGCUAGAGCUCUUUUCUACUCUGUGUUAAUUUAACAGGUCAGUAAUGUGCAUAUAAUAAUUUCUGAAGGAGUUAAGGAGUGGAUUGUUACUGUAAUAUGAGAAACUAUUUAUGUAUUAGCUUUAAUAUCCACCAGUUCGUUAUUUUAGGUGUGCUAACAGAGUUGUUUGACAUCAGUAAACCGUCCUGCUCAGGCAGUUUGUUAUUCAUGCUGCAGAUGAGCUAAUGUGUGUCCCUAAAUUUAACUCUACAAGUGAUGAAAUCCCUCAACACACUGGCUUUAAUUCACUAUUCACUAUUUAGAGCUGACUGUUUUGGCCUGGAUCACCCACAAUGCAUUUUGGUGCUGAUAUAAGCCGAGUGGUGGGACAAGAAGUUGCAGUGGUUGCACAACAUGAACUUGUGGGCAAACAACCUCAUGAGUGUGGUUACAAACAAUGUAAACAUGUUUGCGGACAUUUUAUGACUCUGGUCAAACUGACCCCAAACUCUUUUCUUUUUAGUUUCAAAAUCUAUUUUACGUGAGUCUUUCCAUUUAAUGCUGCUUUAAACUUCUUCUGCAUUUUGGAGGCAAAUGUUGCACUUUUUACUCCCUUAUUUGACAGUUUACAUUUGCCUACGAGUUACUUUGCAAAUUUAAGUUAUUAAUAUAAAAUAUAACUCAAGUUAUAAAUUAAAAUGUAAUAUAGGUUUACCAUCCCAGCAGUAUUUAAAAUUACUGAAAUUAUCCCCACGUUUACCAGGUACAACAUUAUAAACAAUUAUAAUUCAGUAAUAUAACAUACUAGUCCAUUGGUAGCUUUGUCACCUUCUACCUAUGCCAAUCCUCAAUGCCUAUGUGCAGUUUCACAUAGAUUGACCACGUCAGUGAGUAGAAAAACAUGGGACAGACAGAAUGACACACUGACAGUUUCCGUGAUUAUGUACAGCAUACCAUACCAUGACUUAGUCAUACCAAACAUUAGAAAAAAACAAACACUGGUCCACAGGGGGAGCCACAGCGAUCGGUCGCAUUUUAGCCAUUUUGAAGCAUUUUUCUGUUGUUAUAGCGCCACCCAGUUGCCAAUUAGAGUUAAAUUUCUCCAGUCACCUUGAGGCGUCCUGUUCUACAUAUCUACCAAGUUUAGUAAAAAUCCAUAUGGCGGUUAGGCCUAGAUAAGAAAUGAGCUCUCUAGCGCCCCCAUUUUGUUUGAUGGGGUCAAUAAUGGAGGGGUCCCCUCAGAUUAUGUGUGCUCAUAUGCCUACAAAGUUGCGUGGUGAUGGGUGAAACCCUUGAGAUGUUAUACACCUUUAUGUGAUGAGCCACGCCCUCCGUAAUAUUCAUUGCCUUAUAGAAGCUCAGUUUUAGGAAGUUUUCCAACUUUUGCCAAGAGGGAACUUUAGAUAUUGGUCCCUAGAUUAUGUUCACCCAGUUUCAUGCAGAUCGCUCAAACUUCCUAGGAAGAGAUCCAUUUGAAGUGUUUUUCAAAAAAUUCAAAAUGGCAGAAAAUCUAUAUAAGCGGAAGUUAUGGGUUCUUGAGGCAAAUGUGUUCCUCAUGAGGAGAGGCAUCUCUGUGCGAAGUUUCAUGUCUCUACCACAUACGGGCAUGAGAUAUGCCCAUUCAAAGUUUGCAAUUUCAAUCGGUUGCUAUAGCGCCCCCCUUUGGCCAAUUGAUGUAAUAUUGCUUCAUUGCCAUCCUCCCAUGACCCUCUACCACUGUGCCAAAUUUCACAUGGAUUGACCAAGUCAGUGAGGAGAAAAACGUGGAACAGACACACACACACACACACACACACAGAGUUUUCGUCAUUAUAUACAAAGAUCUGAUACGGGACUUUUACUUGUAUCAGAGUAUUUUUACAACAUAGUAUUGCUACUUUUUCUUAAAUAAGAGAUCUGAAUACUUCUUUCACCACUUAUGGGUGUAAAUGGGAACAAAAAUAGCACUAGUAGAUUAGCCAGAAGUCUGAGCAACAUGUAGUGAAAAAAAAGUUACAUUGAAUUUACUCAUGUAGUGUUGUUCACAGUCAUAGACCACAAAGUGAUUUACAAGGGCAAUAUACAACAUACAGGAAUAAAAAUAGAAGAUAAAGCGACUAUCCGAGCCACACUAUUAAAAGUGCAAAACUGUUGGCACAAUACGUCAUGAAAAAAAUCACAAUACACAGUAACAAUAUACAAAAUAUAAAUGAAAUAAAUGCACACUUUACAAUAGAUAUUUUAUUUAAAUGCCCUGUAUUUUUCAUUAAUAAUAUAUUUCACCAAUAUAUAUAUAUUUUGUUUGUGCAUUUUUUACUUUACGCUACAUUUUCAUGGUUUUGUUUGUGAGGACCAGCUCUUCAUCCUGCACUAUCACCCCAAUCGGUGUGUUUACAUGCACUUAAAUAACAAGGCUGCAGCUGGAACAAGAGGAACAGCCAAAAGGAGAAGAGUCAUGGGUGCAGAGAGAUUAAGCAAAUUUAACUUUGGAAAAAAUGAGACAGAAAAGUAAAUAAAAUAAAAUCUUUCUCUCCCAGCCCUCA